UUUUGCUCACACAUGUUAAUUAUUUGGAAGGGAGAAUAAUACACUUUUUUUUUUAUCUAUCUUUAUUUAAAAAAAAAACCGAACCAUUACGAGAGACAGAAAAAACUUUUUUUUUUUUUACAGCAAAAUUAUGUCUAUUGAUUUAUUUAAGCCAUCAUGCAAGCUAGUGAGUUAAAUAAGUCUACGACACCACGUCGAAGAAGAAGACGACCAAGAAACAGAAGAAAGCAAAAGCAACGUGACGAAGAACCUUUAAAGCAAAGUGAAGAAUUGCAAGUGACGCAGAAGCAAAACUUGAACUUGACUGAUUUAUCAAGUGAGGCUCAUGCUUUAGAAAAACAGCUUAAUGAACUUCAAACACAAUUAAAAAUUAAUUAUUCCAGCAUCCCAAGCAAAGAGCAAGGACGUAUCGCAAGUGCCAUUGCUGCUGAACAAAUAUUGGCUACGGAGGAAGAGAUUGUCUAUGUUAGAAACAGUCUCAAGAGAACAUAUCGUCAAAUAUUCUCUGUGGAUCUCAUGUAUGCUACAGCACAUCAUAUCGAAGAUAAAAUAUGGAGAUAUAUUUUUUACGCAGGCAUUGAGGAAGUACGUAGUAAAUUACGUAAAAUGUCAUCAUCUGAGACUGCCAGCAACGAUAACAAGACAUUGCAGAAAGAAUUAUAUAACAGAAUUGAUUCUGCAUUCAAGUUUUAUCGUGAUCUAAACAUCCAUGUAAAGACAACAUACCAUAUCGACACAAAAGUACUAGGCAUUGAUUUGUUUAAACAACACAGUUCUGAAGAAAAAGUGGGUGUAUUACUUCAGUUCAAUUAUAUUUGUAUGGGUGAUUUGGCACGUUAUCAUGCUCAGCAAGCCAUGGCUGCUAAAAGUACCAAGAAGACUUCGGAGUACUGGUCAUUGGCCAAGUCAUGUUAUUUAAAGGCAAUCGAUGUAUAUAGAAAAAAUGGUAAGCCUUACUCACAAUUGGCCCUCGUGUCUAUGUCAAACGGCAAUGCAAUGGAUGUAGUAUGGUACUACUGUAUGAGUUUGGCAGUCAAACACCCUUCUAGUGUAGGCAGAGACAACCUUAAAUCAUUUUAUUCCAAGAUUAGAUUCAAUUCUAAGCAAAAGGAAAGUGAUAAUAAUGUCUCAACAAUGACCUCUCAAUUUGUGGAAUCUUUCCUUCAUAUGCAUCGAACAGUCAUGUUUAAUCAAAAGGAUAGCGAUGAAUUUGCAGCCAUGAUAAGCGUAUCUGGUCAGCUGGGCACAACGCUGUUUUCGCUUAUUCAAUCGGAAGAAGGGGAAGAGGAUGUAAAUAUAUCCAAAUCAACUAGUUCUAUGUUACACAUUAUUCGAACCACUCUUACACGUACGAUCACUAUUCUGAUGAUUUCAAUCUGGAUUGCCGGUGAAAGAUUAAAAGAUAAGGCCAAUUACAAUAUCCGACCUGUUAUACUAUCGUCCCAGAUCCACAUGUUUAUUUUUGUAUUCAACCUGCUGACUGGUGUCUAUCGCUCAUCCCGUCAAGUGUUGGAACAAGUCAGAGAGUCGCUGGAGCCUGAAAAGUACGACAAAUUAGAAGCAAUGGUGGAUGAAACAUUAUUGCCUGGUCUGAGUAUUUGGGCAAGUUACCUGAAUACGAACAUGAACACGGUUGCUCAAUAUUGUAUGACUGCUGCAAAUGAUUCUAGAAAUAGAGAGCCUGAAAAGAAAACCUUGGUCAAGUCGAUUCAAUCUUUAUUGUCGUUGCUAAUUAGUCAUCCUUCAUUCCCUGAUCCUGUGCUUAAUGUGCUUCCACCAACAUAUCCUUUAUCCGAAGAUUUAUUACUCUUAGGUAUUAUUCCAUUGGCAUCAUUUCAUAAAAAGAUAGAUUUCUUCAAGGAGAAUGCGUAUGAGGUAGAUGAUGAACACACGUUUGAGGCUCGCAAACAAGUACGAUGGGGACGUAUUCGUGACAUGAUUAAAAGUAUUGCCGAUUCCAAUUCAUUUGAUUUUAUUCAAUACAACCAAGCAGAGCAGAAGUAUAUUGUUAUUGACGAAAAUGCCAAACGUCAACAACAAGGAAGAUUUAUGAAAGCUUUGGCUACACAGCGUUUGAUGGAACAAGUAUCUUCUUUAGAAAAGAACGUGAAUAGAAUGUCGUUAGGUAAAAAACAAGAAGCAACCCCAACUACAAAACGAGAAGUAUAUACGUGUGUGGUGGAUGUUACAGCCUUCCUAGAUGGCUUGAAUAAGGUGAAGCGAUGGGCCACCCAAACCCUAAAUGUUGAUCGCAGAUCUCAAGGAAGCAUAUUAGAAGUCGUUGUUCCUUUAGAAGUCAUUGAUUCUUUGGAUGACCAUAAAAAGGGUACUUCUCAUAUGAAUAUGCAAGCUCGUGAAUCUAUUCGUUUUCUGGAUCAAAAACUGUUGGAGAAUGGCAAUAAAACUGAUAUGCCAACUAGUUCGUUCCUUCGUACGCAAAAGGUCAGCGAAAAAUUAAGUGAUUGGGAUGAGGCAAAGGCUUUUUGGAUUGGCGAAGAAAGUAGAUCGAAUGCGGUCGACCAUCUUUUGUCUGAAGAUGAGGAAGAUGAGGAAGAUGAGGAAGAUGAGGAAAAAGAGGCAGCAGAAGAAGAAAUUGUAUCUGAUGCAGAAUCUGAUGAUAGCUCCGACGGUGAUUUAUUCCAUUCUAGAAGAAGAGGGGGUGGUAGUGACUCUGAGGAAUCCGAUGUGGAAAGUGCGAGUAGCGACGAUGAAGAGAGCGAAGAAGAAAACGAAGCUGGCGAGGAAUAUGAUUACACUGAAAAUUUCGAGGAAGAAGAUCAAGAUGAAAUACCAUAUACGUUCGACGAUGUACCCAAAGGAUAUCGCCCAAUUUUAAGCUGUUUACUGUAUUAUCAUAGUAAGCAACAGGCGAGAGAAGACAAUCAACCAGAGCGCCUUGUUCUGGUAACUAACGACGAAGAUUUGGCGUGGUGGGCUGAGUUGUUCGGAGAUCCUAAGACUGGAAAGCGUAUGCUGAUCAAAACUGUAAAUGAAUGGGACCAAAUGGUCGGUAAGCUUGAUUUUGAAAAGGUGUAUGAUUACUCCUGGAAACAACGCUAAUUAAAUAAACACGAACACUUAAAAAUGAAA